UCUGGGACUGGAUGACGUCAAUGGCGGGAAGUUUUAGCAAUAGCAAAGAGUGUGAGGAGGGAGCGUGAGCGUGAGCCUGGCAGCGGAGCAGGAGGACGCCAUGACCAAGUAUUUCACCCGUGUGAGACGGCGGCGCCUAUACAGCUGGUAUGGGAGACCGAUUCUAAAAGACCGAAAAGUUUUGAGUUUUCAGUAUGAGGGGCUUGUGAUGAAGUCCGGUGGCACAGAAGAAGUCACAGUAACUUCCGACGACUUUGUUUUGAUUGAAGGUGAAGAUGAAGAACGACCCUUUGUGGCGAAGCUGAAAGAACUUUAUGACGACGGUGGAGAAAAAAAUUCAAGCAAGCAUGCCAUCGUUCAAUGGUUUUUGCGCUUUGAAGAAGUUCCCUAUAAGAAAAGGAAGUUGCUUGGGAGAGAUUCGCAUCCCCAGGAGAUCUUCUUGUAUGAUGACACUGCCUGUGAGAAUGACAUUGAUGCUGAGACCAUUAUUGGCACUGUCCAGAUAACACAGCUAAAGCCUGAAGAUCCUUUUCCUGUAGCAAAGAAGUCUGAAAAUGUCCUGUAUGUGAAAUUAUCAUGGGACGGAAAGGCGUUCAAACCAAUAACCUCCAGCCUCUUGGAAAAGAAAGAUGAGAACACUCUGAGUAAUGGACUGGUGUCAAAUAAAACCUUACCAAAGCCCAAUUUCUAUGCCUGUGAAGGAGAUGUCAUUGAAAGCAGACAGAUCACUCGCAGUGCAACCAGGGCACAAAAAAAGGAAAGCGAAAUAGAGUCUCGACAUUCGGCCUCAAAAACCUCCCAUUCCAAAGAGAGAGGGGCUCAGAGGAUCCCCAAUGGAACAGGAACUGGCACCCCCGGGGCAAGGAAAAAGUUGCAGCUGAACAGCCCACCAAAGUCACAAAGCAGGUUGCCGAUUGAGGGAGACUGUCUGUUGGAUGAGGAUUUUAAGGCUCUGGAUCCAGCUGCUCCCAAACGUAGAGUCGCGUUCUCUGGGCUCCCCAACUCCCCUCCUAAAAAGAUGCUGCCUGAUGAAGACUUGUGUCCAGAUUCUUGCUUUGUUGCUCUUAAGCCUCCCCAAGACCAGCACAGUACAAAGCUUCGCCUGAGGCUGACUCCUCUGAAACCUGCACCAUCUGAGGAGCAAAAGUCAAGCAGAUCUCAAAAUGAAGAAAACAAUGUAAGAAAACUUUCUGAAAAGGGAGAAAAUCUGAAGCCUAAAACACCACAGAAACAGAGUCUCACACCAAAGAGAAUUGCUAACUCUUCCAGGAGGCCAACAGAAGAGCAAGAAGGUGGGGAGCCCCAAACACCCCGUUCACGCAGGAAGUCCGCUCAAGCAUCUACUAGUUUAAUCCGCAAACAGCUUAAACUUCUAUCAGAUGGAGAUUUUGAAGAGCUGGAUGAAGAUGCAGACUUUGUACCCCUGAAGCAAUCCGAAGUGUUAAUUAGCAGUGAAGAUGAUGAAGAAGAAGAAGCAGUAAGGGAGUCGCCAAAGAGAUCAGCAAGGAAAAGGUCAACACCUAGGACCCCGACAUCUUCCAGGAAAAAUUCAGCUAGGACACCAAAUAAGACUCCUCUCUCUAAAGCUGUUCAUGGUGCAACACCCAAAAUCCCAGAACGGAACCAGCCCAUACAUAAGCCUGCUAAUGUCCUAGAGGAGGCUCGCAUUAGGCUUCAUGUCUCUGCUGUACCUGAAUCUCUGCCCUGCAGGGAGCAGGAGUACCAAGACGUAUACAGUUUUGUAGAAAGUAAACUGCUGGAUAGAACUGGGGGCUGCAUGUACAUCUCUGGUGUGCCAGGCACGGGGAAAACUGCAACUGUACAUGAAGUGAUCCGCAGUCUGCAAGCAGCUAUUGAAGAAGAUGAAUUGCCCUCUUUCCAGUUCAUUGAAAUCAAUGGCAUGAAGCUGACAGACCCACAUCAGGCCUAUGUGCAGAUUUUAAAGCUUCUAACUGGCCAGAAGGCGACUGCAGACCACGCUGCUGCUCUACUUGAGAAAAGAUUCAGUACACCGGCCUCAAAUAGGGAGACCACAGUAUUGUUGGUAGAUGAGCUGGACUUGCUUUGGACUAGGAAGCAAAAUGUUAUGUACAGCUUGUUUGAUUGGCCCACAAGAAAAUGCGCAAAACUCAUUGUCCUUGCCAUUGCCAACACGAUGGAUCUUCCUGAAAGGAUAAUGAUAAAUCGGGUUGCCAGCAGGCUGGGUCUUACCAGAAUGUCAUUCCAGCCUUACACACACAAACAGCUCCAGCAGAUCAUAACUUCCAGGCUAAAUCAUGUAAAGGCGUUUGAUGACGAUGCUAUCCAGCUUGUUUCCAGAAAGGUGGCUGCUCUGUCUGGUGAUGCACGUAGAUGUCUGGACAUAUGUCGCAGAGCAACAGAGAUCUGCGAGUUCUCAGGCAAGAAGGGGGAAUUGUCUCUAGUGAAGAUGCCUCAUGUCAUAGAAGCCCUGGAUGAGAUGUUCUCCUCUCCCUAUGUCAUGGCAAUUAGGAGCGCCUCUGUGCAGGAGCAAGCAUUCCUAAAAGCGGUCAUUGCAGAGUUUAGAAGAUCUGGACUCGAAGAAGCUACUUUCCAACAGGUGUACCAUCAGUAUGUUGUACUAUGCCGGAUUGAAGGAAUGCAUCCUCCUUCCAUGUCGGAGACCAUGGCUGUCUGCCUGAGACUCGGAGCCUCUCGUCUUCUCCUGGUUGAAUCCAGCAGGAACGACAUGCAUCUACGAGUGCGGAUCAAUGUCAGCCAGGAUGAUAUCAUGUAUGCCCUCAGAGAGGAGUGACCACGUCAGAGAAACCGAACGUGCUGAACAUUAAUAAUGUAUAUAUGGUUUUACAUCAAUGAGUUAUAUGUAACCCAAUUUUAGGGCUAUUAAUAAAGUUUUGUAUCUG